UGACGUUACGUCACCUCCGUUUCAGCAUAGAAAGAUGUCAAUAGCUUAAAUUUUAGGAAAAAGUAAUUAGAAUGUCCUUUUUAACGAUCAAAUUUGAACAGUCUGAAUGAUAUAAGGUAAUAUUGUAUAAGGAAAUCUUUUGAAGAACAGUUGAAAUCAUACAACGAGAACUCAUACAGGAAGGCAUUUCCAGGCCCAAACAAUGGAGACAAGAAGGCUAAGUGAAGACUCAGAAGAAAUGCAAUCUACUUCGUCACUAACAGAAGUGAACGCAAGCACGAGACGAAAAAAUAGCGGGAACUUGAAAGAUGAUACCAGUAAUUUCUGCCUCUCAGAUCGCUUGGCUGAUGUCUGGUUUUCGUUCAAAGACAGUUCUACCAAACUUCCGGCCCAUAAACUACUGUUGAGCAUGCGCAGUGAAGUGUUCGAAGCCAUGUUUUAUGGACCGUUAGCUGAAAGUACUCACACGAUUACAGUUGAAGAUAUCGACAUUACAACGAUGAAAAUGAGUUUAAGGUACAUUUACUCUGAUGACGUAGAGCUUGAUGGUAAGCACGUGACCGGAUGUCUCUAUGUUGCUAAAAAGUACGCCUUACAUGGUUUGGUUGACAAGUGUUCACAGUUUCUUGCGAACGCGAUUGCAGUUGGGACGGCUUGUGCAAUUUACGAGCAGGCAAAGGUUUAUGAUGAAUUUACUCUUCGGGCGAAAUGCUUUGAUUACAUUGUAGAAAAUUCAAAAGAUGUGUUUCUGUCAGAAGAUUUCCUUACACUUUCUAAUGAAAGUCUUCUGGAAAUUUUGAAAAGCGAUAACCUAAGUAGUGACGAAUCUUUGAACUUUGCAGCGUUGAAACGAUGGGCUGAAUCCGACUGUAGAAAAAAAAGUUUGUUGCUAUCACCAGAAAAUAUCAGGAGGUGCCUUGGUGACGUUCUGUUUAUGGUCCGAUUUCCAUUGAUGCCAAUCGAUACUUUUGCGAAAGAGGUUGCACCGACCGGAAUCCUUACAUAUGAGGAAAUGCUGAUGAUGUACCAUUACUUGGCCACGAAAACAGGUUCCCUAGACAAUCAAAGUGUAGGGCGAUUCUCUUGCAAUAAGAGACACAUUGUGAUGGGAUUUGGUCAUUUAAAUAUAUCUCCUGCUUAUCAAAAUUGUUUAAUCAUUCUUAACACGUCAAAUCCGGUGCAGCUGGUGUCGGUGAAAGGGAAUUUCGUACAGCAAGUCAGCAGAAUCCAUUUAUCAAAUACUGGACGACAUAAGAUCCCCUUUGAUAUAAAUGACGACAGACUUGACCUUUGCGAGCCAUUAACCCUGAAGCCAGAGUUUGGUAACAUUCAGAUUGACUUCCAAAUGAGAAACGUUGAAGGAAUCGAACCCGUAUGGUCACAAAGUUCAAGUAUUUCACGCACGAUCAGAGACGUAACUGUCAUUGUACGGCGAGUGCCAUGUGGGCUGAAGACCCUUGUUUUCAAGGAAAUGUAAUUUUGACUUUUGUAUCAGAACUGUAACCGAAGGUCGAAAAUGUUGAUCACUUUUGUUUUUUUGAGAUUUUGUAAUUUGCUUUUAUUGGUUCCCGAGUCCUUUUUAAUCAAGAUAUCCUAGACUAAGAUACAGAGAGUAGAAUUGUUUAUUGACGUAAUUGCUUUCCAUCUUUCGUUCUUUAACACGUGCACAUACAAGAGAGUAAUUGCACGAAGCUUUUAACUUAUACAUGCAUUUUUAUAAUGUUUAUUUGUUUUACAAUAUAUUUUAUAGAAGCUAA